UCCAACUUUUUAAAAAUGGUUGAAAACAAAAAAAGAUCUCAUUACACAAGGCGUCUUCAAACGACACCGCCAACGUUCGUACGACGACACGUGGUAUUUAACUAACUAGUAGUAGAAGAAGAAGAAAAAAGAACAAGAAGUCAAGAAGAAGACGAAGACCUUGACAGCGUAAACGUACCUGUAAAAGGUUUCAGGAUGUUUCCAGGCCGGGGAUCAUUUCAAGGUUCCAGAGGAGCCUCUUUUUCUCAAAUCCUCAGGAAGAAUUUACCUGUGAUGACUGAAUCAUACAAACCUCUGGCUACCUUGACUCGUCCUACCAAUGAUGUCUUUAACCAACAAGGGAAAAGUACAUUUGAACGUGGUUAUGCUGCCAAGCCAACACUUUCACCUAAAGUGCUGAUUGAGAAAUACACACAAGGUGAGACGCAUGCUGUGUCUUUGCUCCAUCAGCUUGCCCAGGUUUUGCAGUUUCACCUGGAAAUAAAGGAGACAGUGACUACAGGCAACAUUCAAGGGUUUUAUUUUGCCUUUUGUGUCGUGAUUGAUGGUGUCGAGUACAAGACUGGCAUGGGAAUAACAAAGAAGGAGGCUCGGCUCAAAGCUGCUCAGCUCGCUCUGCCAGACCUGCUGCCCACCUUGGAGAGUCUGAAUUAUGUUCUCCCUGAAGCCUCAGAUGUCCCUCCACCACUGCCUGUAAAAGAGGAGCCAUCCAUCUCUGACAUACAUCCUUGUAGGGUCAUUCAUGAAAGGAAGAGUUCUGUCAACCUCCAGAUUCCACAAGCUGUCAAGAAUCAGCUCACUAAACUGAUGAACAGCCACCCAGAGUUCUCUGCCUGUGCGGGCACUACAGCAGCAUUUAUUAUUCAGACUUCAAGUGGAUAUGAGGUGGUUGCUCUAGGCACGGGGAACUUCAAUACUAAAGAGAGUGCCUCCGUGAGUGGACGGAUUGUGCAUGACUCCCAUGCUGUAGUAACUGCAAGGAGAUCCCUUAUGAGGUUUCUCUAUCGACACCUGCUGAUGUUCUUCAGCAAAACGGCCAAUCUGACAGAAAAGUCGAUCUUCCAGCAAAACAGCAGCAGCGGCCUCCUCAGCCUGAAGAAUGGCAUUACCCUCCACCUGUAUGUGAACCAACUGCCAAAGGGUGCUGCAAUCUCUUCUAAACUGCGCCUGAAUCCGCUCUCCAUUUCGGCAUGGCAGGUCAACAACGAGAUCAGUCUCCACCUCUCAGUGGAGGGAAAGGUGUUCUCUGUGUUCUCUUCAUCCUUUGAUCAAUCUGCUUCCAAGGUGGUCAGCAUGUCCGCCACAGACAAGCUAACUCAGUGGCAGGUGCUAGGAUACCAGGGAGCCUUGCUCAGCCACUUCAUUGAGCCUGUCUAUGUCCAAAGCAUCCUCAUAGGUGACAUUGACUGCAGUGAUAUCCGUGGCAUGAAAAUCUCUGUGAGUCAGCGCGUGGAGGGGAUCACAUCUCAGCUGCCCAUGUUCUACUGCAUGAUGAGGCCCUACAUCAGCCUGGUGCCUUCUGUGGCUGCUAACAGUGCCGACAAAGGCCAAUUGACUUACGGUAUCAACUGGAGUGAAGGUGACAGCUCCCUGGAGGUUGUGGAUGGCCUGGAGGGAAAGACCGUAGAGCAAUCUCCCUUUAAGAGUGGCCCUGCUCUUGCAAGCCGUCUGUGCAAAGCAGCAAUGCUGCACCGCUUCAAGUUGGUGGCCAAAGAGGCCCAGAGGCAGGACCUGCUGGCCACAAGCUCCUACACAGAAGCCAAGAGGAUGGCAAAGCCGUACCAGGAAGCCAAGAACGUGCUGAGGGCGUUUCUGCUGCAGCAGGGCUUUGGUUCUUGGCUGACCAAGCUUUCUGUUUGUGAUAACUUCAGCAUGUGAGUAAAACCACAUUAUCACUGAAAAAAACUACAUUCUGGAACCAAUUGUGUUCAAAUGUAAAAGUGUUGUUGACAAGUAAAGCUUGUUGCUGUGGAAUUUGCUGGUAAUACUUUUUUGUUGUGGGAUUUCUACAGGGAUUAAAGUCAAUCCCUGUUCAUGUUUAAAAGCCGUUUUGUGUUUGUGGACUUUCUAUGGUCUUUUAGACAAUUAUACAUUUGUAUAAUAUAGCCAUUUGUAGAGCCAAACUUGCAUUGCAGCCCACUGCAGACCUUUAUUGUGGUAAUAGUUCUGCUACCUUCAGUUAAUAUUAUGUAUAUGCAUUGUAUAAAGUGAUAAGAGCAUGCACUAUUUAAAUUGUUUUAAAACAAUGUAUGCUAAUUUGUGUAAUGAAAAUGACUAUGUACAAUGUAUAAUCAUAACUUUUGUAUCCUUCUUUUGAACUUCACAUUUAUGGUGCUGAAGGCUCUGUAUGACAAGUCAUGAUUGUUACAUAAAAAUACCUGGGUUUGGUCUCACUUAA